AUGGAUCAUACACAAAAUUCAAAUCCUACACACUGUCAAUCAAAUUAUCAAAACACGGAUAUUUUCACACUAAAAACAUGUUUAAAACUCACAAAAGGACGAAAAAAUGUGUUGGAAAGGGAUGUAAGCAAAUAUGACACAAUAAAAUAUGAGGUGAGAGAUUUGCAACUUAAAUUAGAAGAUCUCUUGAAAACUACAACAGAAACAAAAAAAUGUUUCGAACAUUCUCAAAAUGAUGUAAAUUGUGAUUUAGAAGCGAUAACAUUGAAGUAUAAAGGAAUAUUGAAUAAGGUAGAUGAAUUAGAACAAAAUAAUAAAGAGUUGCGAUCCAAUAUACGGUUUAAUACAUCUAAAGAACUACUUAUGGUAGAAAAAUUUAAGAAAAUGGAAUAUCUUAAUGUAAAAACGUCGGAAUGCAAUACUAAACUUCAAAAUAAAAUUCAUAAUGAAAAAGAAUGUGAACUGUCGCUGAAACGGCUACAGUGUGACUUAGAGGAAGUUAUCGACUGUAGAACAGGUGAAACAAAUAAGUUACGUUGUAUCUUGACCAACAAAGAGGCAGCAUCGUGGUUAGAAAACCAAACACUGAUCAAAAUGCAGCAACAAAAUACUGUCCAUGAUCGAGCCGCCGAAGAAAUAAUCACCGAGUACCGGGCCCGAAAAUUGGAACUGGAGGGGUUCAUUAAAGCAGCACAGGAGCAACUGACUCGGGACGACCAGGCCCUGAAAGCUGCUCACGAAGAAAUGGUUGAUACAAGUUCCACAGUGGCGGAAUGGAAAAUCAGGGCUGAAAAAGUGACCAAAGCGUUCUAUGAACUGAAAGUGACUUACGAGGCUGAAAUUUGCUGUGCGCAGUCCGUGCUAACGGAACACGAAAGAGAACGCGUUCAGCUGACUAAACAGUUGUUAGAUACAUCGAGUAAACUUAAUUGUAUGGUGAUUAGAAACCGUCAUUUAAAGGCUGACGUAAAAGCCAUGAUCGAGCGAUCUGAAAAUAUGGUAGUCAAGAUCGAGCGACUAGAACAGCGCAAGUUCCACGACCGCAUAGGACUUGAUGUUCAAAGGACAAAAUUCGAUGAUAAAACGAUGCUCCAAGAGGAAAUAAAGAUCAUUAAGUGGCACAAACUCGCAGCAGUCAAAAACGAAGUGGAUGCGUUGAAAUGGGCUUGUGAAAGCCGUAAACAGGUUAUCGAAGAUGCCAAGCGAAAACUUGACAAGUCCACUGAUACUAGCACGGUAGGGACGCUAUUUGCCAUGGAUGAGUUCAUAAACAAGUUUGGUCUGCCUAGGAAGCUGAUUACGGAUCGAGGUACCUAUUUUACGUCUCGUAGGUUUGAGAACUACUGCGAGUCACAUGGAGUUACGCACAUUCUCAAUUCGACCCGUAGGCCACAAGCGAAUAGUCAAGUGGAGAGAAUUAACAGCACCACCCUAGCCAUGUUAAUAUCGCAAGCUGAAGAAGAACCACGAUUCGAGUUAGGUCGACUAAGAGAACUAUUAACCACCACAGAAGAGUGGGUCUGUCCACCUGAUCUCUGGGAAGAAGCGAGGAAAGAAAUUAUUCAAUCCAAAGAACGCGUUAAAUCUGCUUACGACAAACAUAGGCACAACCAGACUAAGUACACUGUUUGUGAGGUGGUGGUCAUGACAAGAGUGCCGGUAUCAAGAGACGAAUCUAUCAAACUCCAAGAACGGUACCGCAGACCUUUGGUAGUUACAGAAGUUUUGUCUAAUGACAUUUAUAGAGUAGCACAGCUUGCUGAGGAUAACAGACGGCACUUUGCAACUACAGCGCACGUCUCUCAGUUGAAGUCUUGGAAAAUUGGGAAGGAAGAAGCAGAUGUGACUGAAGAAAGGAUGACACCAUAA